CGCGCCGGCUCCGCAGCUUGCGCCGGCCGGCCGGUCCGGCGCCGGGCCAUGGCGCUGUUGCGGGACGUGUCGCUGCAGGAUCCGCGGGACCGCUUCGAGCUGCUGCAGCGUGUGGGGGCCGGGACCUAUGGCGACGUUUACAAGGCCCGUGACACCGUCACGUCCGAACUGGCCGCGGUGAAGAUCGUCAAGCUAGACCCAGGGGACGACAUCAGCUCUCUUCAGCAGGAAAUCACCAUCCUUCGUGAAUGCCGCCACCCCAAUGUCGUGGCCUACAUUGGCAGCUACCUCAGGAAUGACCGCUUGUGGAUCUGUAUGGAGUUCUGUGGAGGGGGUUCGCUGCAGGAGAUUUACCACGCCACUGGACCCCUGGAAGAACGGCAGAUAGCCUAUGUGUGUCGGGAGGCACUGAAGGGGCUCCACCACCUGCAUUCUCAGGGGAAAAUUCACCGAGACAUCAAGGGUGCCAACCUUCUGCUCACUCUGCAGGGUGAUGUCAAGCUGGCGGACUUUGGGGUGUCAGGUGAGCUGACAGCAUCUGUGGCCAAGAGACGGUCUUUCAUUGGUACUCCGUACUGGAUGGCGCCAGAGGUUGCUGCUGUGGAGCGCAAAGGUGGCUACAAUGAGCUCUGUGACGUCUGGGCCCUGGGCAUCACUGCCAUUGAGCUGGGCGAACUACAACCACCGUUGUUCCACCUGCACCCCAUGAGGGCCUUGAUGCUUAUGUCGAAGAGCAGCUUCCAACCGCCCAAGCUGAGAGACAAGACACGUUGGACCCAGAAUUUUCACCACUUCCUCAAGCUGGCCCUCACCAAGAACCCCAAGAAGAGGCCCACAGCUGAGAAGCUUCUGCAGCACCCAUUCACAACCCAGCAGCUCCCUCGGGCCCUCCUCACCCAGCUCCUCGACAAGGCCAGCGACCCCCACCUGGGAACCCUCUCCCCUGAAGACUGUGAACUGGAGACCCAGGAUAUGUUUCCAGAUACCAUCCAUUCCCGGGGCCAUCAUGGUCCGGCUGAGAGGACCCCCUCCGAGAUCCAGUUUCACCAAGUGAAAUUUGGUGCCCCCCGCCGGAAGGAGACGGAUCCUCUCAACGAACCGUGGGAGGAGGAGUGGACACUGCUGGGAAAAGAGGAACUGAGUGGGAGCCUGCUGCAGUCGGUCCAGGAGGCCCUGGAGGAAAGGAGCCUGACUAUUCGGCCAGCCUUAGAACUCCAGGAGCUGGACUCCCCGGAUGAUGCCAUGGGAACCAUCAAACGGGCCCCGUUUUUGGGGCUGCCCCUUACUGAGCCAGCACCUGAUGAUGGUGCCCAGUCCUGCUCCCCAGGAACCCUGUCUGCACCUCCACCUGGCCCUGGCAGCCCACCAUUGCUGCCCACUGCCUGGGCCACCCUGAAGCAACGGGAGGACCCUGAGAGAUCAUCCUGUCACGGCCUUCCGCCCACCCCCAAGGUGCACAUGGGUGCCUGCUUCUCCAAGGUCUUCAAUGGCUGCCCCCUGCAGAUCCAUGCUGCUGUCACUUGGGUUCACCCUGUGACUCGAGACCAGUUCCUGGUAGUAGGGGCUGAGGAAGGCAUCUACACCCUCAACCUGCAUGAGCUGCAUGAGGAUACACUGGAGAAGCUCAUCUCCCAGCGCUGCUCCUGGCUCUACUGUGUGAACAACAUAUUGCUAUCACUCUCAGGGAAAUCCACGCACAUCUGGGCGCAUGACCUGCCAGGCCUCUUUGAGCAGCGGAGACUGCAGCACCAGGCACCCCUCUCUAUCCCUACCAACCGUAUCACUCAGCGCAUCAUCCCCAGGCGCUUUGCCCUGUCCACCAAGAUUCCUGACACCAAAGGCUGCCUGCAGUGUCGUGUGGUCCGCAACCCUUAUACAGGCAGCACUUUCCUGCUAGCUGCCCUGCCUGCCAGCCUGCUUCUGCUGCAGUGGUAUGAGCCCCUGCAGAAAUUCCUGCUGCUGAAGAACUUUUCCAGCCCUUUGCCCAGCCCGGCAGGGAUGCUGGAGCCGCUGGUGCUAGACGGGAAGGAGCUGCCACAGGUGUGUGUGGGCGCCGAGGGGCCUGAGGGACCUGGCUGCCGAGUCCUGUUCCACGUCUUGCCCCUGGAAGCUGGACUGACUCCAGACAUACUCAUCCCACCUGAGGGGAUACCAGGCUCCGCCCAGCAGGUGAUCCAGGUGGACAGGGACACGGUCCUGGUCAGCUUUGAACGCUGUGUGAGGAUCGUUAACCUGCAGGGUGAGCCCACAGCUGCACUGGCCCCACAGCUCACCUUUGACUUCCCUAUUGAGACUGUUGUGUGCCUGCAGGACAGUGUGCUGGCUUUCUGGAGCCAUGGCAUGCAGGGCCGAAGCCUUGACACCAACGAGGUGACUCAGGAGAUCACAGAUGAGACCAGGAUCUUCCGAGUGCUGGGGGCCCACAGGGACAUCAUCCUGGAGAGCAUUCCCACUGACAACCCUGGAGCACACAGCAACCUCUACAUCCUCACAGGUCACCAGAGCAGCUACUGAGCUGUCGCCCUGACGCCGCCCAGGCCUCAGUUGUCACCUCCAGCCUCUGCUGGGGCCCCAGAGGGCCGACCUAAUUCUGAGAAGUGCUGGGGGGCAGGGAGGGGAGGUAGCCCACCCCCCUCAGCAAUAACUGGACCAGAGGAAGCUGCGACCACCUACCCUUCCUGCAGUGUUUCACCCCCAGUGCAGGGGGCCCUGGGCAGGAUGGGGCUGCCUGGCUGAUCCAUUCCAUUUUCUCAUUUUUCCUUUCUAUGCUUUCUGCCAAGAGCCUGCCCCAGGUUCUAUCCUGGGCAACAUGUAUUUAAGAGAGAAUUAUAUUGGUAUUAAAGCUGGUUGGUUUUA